GUCGAUGAGCAAGAAGAGGAUUGCUCCACUGCGCAUGCGUGGAAAUGUCAAGUUAGCUUGCUCAAGUUGCAGCACAAGAUGUGCUGCACUCUCGCCUUUUAACGACACACAUGGCUUCCUUAUGGUGAGGGAUUAGCUCCGCGGAGAGAGUACCCCACGGCCAAACGACAGCGAAAUCAUGACAGCGAAUGAGGAUCAAGAGAUGGAGUUGGAGGCUCUUCGCUCCAUCUACGAGGGCGACGAGUGUUUUAAAGAACUUAGUCCGGUUUCCUUUCAAUUACGGAUAGGAGACCUGCAGGACUCUAAAGCAUUCAUCUUGGACAUUGCGUGGCCCGAGACGUACCCCGAGACCGGUCCCCAAAUCUCCCUGGAUGGCUUUUUUAACAACCGAAUCGCUAUGGAAACCAAGCAGCUCAUCCUGUCCAAGCUGGAGGAACAAGUGGAGACGAAUCUGGGCGACGCAAUGACGUACACCCUGUUCGAGUGGGCCAAGGAGAACCAAGAAGCCCUGAUGGAGAACCACCGACCCGUGGUCACCGCCGUGACUUUAACGUCCAGCGGCGAAGCGACGCCGAAUUCCACAGAAGCCAAAAAGAAGGAGAGGAAGGAGCAGCUCACCAAAGCGCAGAAGAGGAGGCUCAUCAAUCGGACAGAUAACAAAGGGGAGCUGCCAAGAGGUUGGAACUGGAUUGACGUCAUUAAAGUACGUACAAUUCCAACGUUCAUUCAUGUGAUUUUAAACAUGAAGUGCAAUUCAUUUUUUUGUCUCAUCUUGUUUUUUCCCCCGUUGUUACGAUGAACAUCCAGCAUCUGAGUAAAACGGGAGGCAAAGAGGACGAUUAGGCCACAGAGCUUCCGCGUCGCUGCCGUUUUGAAUUAGAGCGCGACGGCUUUGCAUUCACCUCGGCCGCUGCCGACCUCCAGAAAAGUGGAAUCCAGGGCAACCAAAAGGGAGGCAAAACAUUUCAGUGCAAUGUGUUCAGUGUUUCAUCAGGGUUACUUGAAAACAUCCCCAAAAGCCAAGAAAAGGGUCUGCUCUGUUUAUAAAAGUAUCAACUCUCACUGCCUGGAACUUGAAGGAGUCGCCUUACAAAUGGAUUGUUUGUAGUAUCAUGAGACUCACUGGCAAACAAUUCCAUCAAAUUUGACUUUACUAUUUCCUUAUUUCUGUUUGACCGUGUUUUUUUUUUUUUAGAUAGUCUCUUCAAAUAAAACCCAAUUUGGAGGGACCUUUUCGGGA